AUGUCAGAAGCCGAAAAAAAAGCAACGACCGCCCCCGAGGCAGAGGCGGCACCUGUUGCCGCUCAGGCGCCCACAGACCCGUCCCCCGUCGUUGCCGACGCUCCAACCAUCGCCGUGUCGACCGAGACCGCCCAGGAGAAAACCGCCAAGGACGAAAAGCCAGCUCCGAUCGCGGCUAUUGCCGAGCCGGCCGCUGUAGAAGCCGCUGCUGCCCCCAAGGAGUCUGCACCUGCCACCGCAGCAGUCGUGCCAAAGGAGCCGGCCACGACCAGCGAGGAGACGAAAGCCCCGGCCGUCGAGACAGCCCCAACACCCACUCCCGCCGCCACCACCUCUGCGGCGCCUGAGGUGACAAAGGAGAAGGAUGCCACCGACGCCCCGGCCUCUGGCGAGAAGAGCGGAGUGGCCAAGCUCUGGGAGGUCUGCCAGGCGCACGAGCACAAGGAGAUCUGGGGGGUGACCCUGCAAGACCCGAGUAGCGACGUGCCGACGGAGAUCGUCCUCACUAAAUUUCUCAACGCCAACGAUGGCGAUGUCCCCAAGGCCGUGGAUCAGCUCACCAAGACGCUGGACUGGCGCAACAAGAUGAAGCCGCUCGAGCUUCUCAAAAAGCCCUUCCCCAGGGCCAAGUUUGGCGGUCUGGGCUACGUCACCACCCACAGCGAAGCCCCGGACUCCAAAGACCCCGCUCUGAAGGAGGUGUUUACUUGGAACAUCUAUGGUAACGUUAAGUCGAUGGAGGAGACCUUUGGGGAUCUUCAACAAUUCAUCGAAUGGCGCGUUGCCCUUAUGGAGCUCGCCCUGCAAGAGCUCAACAUUGCCGGCGCGGUGGCGCCGUACACCAUCACAACCGACAGCGAUCCGUACAAGAUCUACCAGGUGCACGACUACAAGUCCAUCAGCUUCCUGCGGCAGCCGCCGAGCGUCAAGGCGGCCUCCAAGGAGACUAUCUCGGUCUUCUCGACCGUCUACCCGGAACUGCUCAAGGAAAAGUUCUUUGUCAACGUGCCCGUCGUCAUGGGCUUCAUGUACGGCCUCAUGAAGCUCUUUGUCGCGCCAAAGACCCUUAAGAAGUUCCACCCCAUGAGCGACGGUGGGGCGCUGGCUCGCGAGUUUAGCGGGUCCAAGGUCAAGUCUCUGGGCGACGCGCUGCCCAAGGAGUAUGGUGGCAAGGGCGAGGAGCUCAAGGCUACUGGGAAGGAAACGUUGCUCGAGUGA